CUCACUUUCGAUUUAUUUGUAUUACAAAUUGAUUCUCAAACAUCAUCCAUAGAACCUUACUCAACAUGGUGACUUCGAUUGAUCCCAGUGUCACAGUUGACACCCCCAAAAUCGAGAUUGGAAGUCGUGACAAAAGCGUCGGAUGGUACAUGCCAACACUAGACAGCAUCACAGACACCCAGCGUGACCUUCUUGAGAAUUACUCCAAGAUUGCUCCAGAGCGAGUGAUUUCCCAUCUUUUCGAAAUCCGCGACAAAGGCUGGGAGAUAUGGCCUCACCCAUGUAUCGGUCAAUUCCGAUUCAUAGACCUCUCAAUCAUGCGCACUCCCUCCUACCAAAACAUACUCUCACGCCUCAAAUCCGGAUCUUCGAUCCUCGACCUAGGCUGCUGCGUAGCCCAAGACCUCCGAAAAUUGGUGCAUGAUGGUGCGCCAUCGACAAACAUGUACGGCGCUGACCUUCAUGGGGAUUUCCUCUCUCUAGGGUACGAGUUAUUCCUCGAUAAAGAGACCCUCGGCGCAAAGUUCAUACAGGCGGAUGUCUUUGAUCUCGAUGGCCCGCUCAAAUAUUUGGAAGGCAAGAUGGAUAUCAUCCAGAUUGGGCUCUUUCUCCAUAUAUUUGAUCUUGAGGGACAGAUUAGGGCUUGUGAGAGGAUUGUGAGGUUGGGUAGGCCGGUAAAGGGCACUUUGAUUGUGGGACAGCAGACUGGGAAGCAAGUGGCUGGGAAUCAGCCGACUAGGAGGGGAAAGGCGUUUAAGCAUAAUGUUGAGACUUUCGAGAAUAUGUGGAAGGUUGUCGGAGAGAAAACUGGGACCCAUUGGGAAGUUAGAGUGAAGAUGGAUGAGGGACUUGGGUUUGCGGACAAGAAGAGGACUUGGGACGAUCCGAGUAUCAGGAGGUUAGCUUUUGAGGUUGAGAGGAUGGAUUGAGUUUAUGAAGCGAGUUUCAGGUACUCUUCGGAAAUAUUGAGAGCG